GCACCUGGCAAAGAAAAGUCCAAAGGCGAGUGUGUUGGUCAAACAUCCAAUCAAACUGGGCGCUGGGAAGGGGCACACUGCAGUUCACAAAGGAGGUUGAACAUCGUGCAUUCGCCACUGGACUCGGGCCGCAUGUUGGCAUUGUCGCCAACUUGGAACAUUUGGUGAGGACAGAAGCCUGACGGGUGAUCAUGGGCGAUUGUUAUUUGGGGCGUUGCAGCAAGCCUUGCGGACUCACCAGCUGCUUCCAUGAUGCACCAUACCCUUAGGGUUUCUCGUUUUGCUGCAGGAAGGGUGUUUUUUUGAGAAAGGGCGAGCUCGGCUCGAUCUGGCAGCUAAAAGCUUUCACCGAUGCUGACGCACGUUCCCCUUCUAGAAAUCUUGAUGCAUAGGUACCGAGCAGGGCGGUAGCCAUGUCGGAGGCCUUCCCGGGAAGCGACCUGACCUUUGGGAAUAAGCGGGCAGAGAUCCACACUUACGAGGCGCCAUGGCUGGUGUACGCAAUGAACUGGAGUGUCCGGCGGGACAAGAAAUUUCGGAUAGGCAUCGGGAGCUUCAUCGAGGAGUACAACAACCACCUGGAGAUUGUGCAGCUCAACGAUGAGACGGGCCACUUUUACGUCGAUCCAAAGCUCACGGUGCAGCACCCGUACCCCCCUACCAAGAUCAUGUUCAUCCCGGAUAAGGAGUGCCAAAAACCGGAUCUGAUGGCCACCACGGGCGACUUCCUGCGCAUCUGGCAAAUCAAUGAGGACGGCAUUGAGAUGAAGAGCCUGCUCAACAACAAUAAAAACAGCGAAUUCUGCGCGCCGCUAACGUCGUUUGACUGGAAUGAGUCAGAGCCGCGGCGGUUGGGGACUUCCAGCAUUGACACGACGUGCACGAUUUGGGAUAUCGAGAAGGAGGUGGUGGACACACAGUUGAUUGCCCACGACAAGGAGGUCUAUGACAUAGCGUGGGGAGGCGUCGGCGUGUUUGCGUCCGUCUCUGCCGACGGCUCCGUGCGCGUGUUUGACCUGCGCGACAAGGAGCACUCGACGAUCAUCUACGAGAGCCCGCAGCCCGAGACCCCGCUCCUGCGGUUGGGCUGGAAUAAGCAGGACCCUCGCUACAUGGCGACGAUCCUCAUGGAUAGCUCCAAGGUGGUCGUGCUCGACAUCCGGUUCCCGACGCUGCCCGUCGCGGAGCUGCAGCGGCACCAAGCGUGUGUCAACGCUGUGGCUUGGGCGCCGCACAGCUCAUGCCAUAUUUGCACAGCGGGGGACGACUCCCAGGCGCUCAUCUGGGACCUGUCGUCGAUGGCCACGCCCGUGGACGGGGGCCUGGACCCCAUUCUCGCGUACACAGCAGGGGCAGAGGUGAACCAGCUGCAAUGGUCAUCCACUCAGCCGGAUUGGGUGGCGGUCGCGUUUGGGAGCAAACUGCAGAUCCUGAGAGUUUGAUACUGUCGUCUGUCUGCGGCUUUAACGGUAACUUCUUGCUGAGGAAUAAGCUAGAGGGGUGUUUUUACUUUGCAAUUAAGUCAGAAGCUGUGCUUUAAGGGUUGGACACCGGGGGUGUCCUGGAAGACUACGUGUUGAAUAGGCAACCUCAUAGUGAAAAAUAGUUUACAACCUUGAGCCUCACCAUGGGCUGUUGGAAUGCAAAGCGGCGAUCGCCAGUGCAUCAAACCUAAGUUGGCCGCAAAUGGGUAACCAGGCGUGCAACAUGUUGAACAGAUACUGGAUCUAUGUGCAACUACCUAGGUUGCAAACGCAGCAAUAUCACGCGAAUGCAUCGGCUGAGUGGCAC